AUGUCGGCUCUGGUUAUUGGUCAGCUUCAGGAGGCUGAAUCUUCCUCUAAAUUACCUCCGAAGCUUUUGGCUUGGGGUUGUUACCCAUUCAAAUUGCGUCUCAAUAUUUACUCGAAGGAUCACGUCAUCGGAACUAUUGCGUCUUGUCUCCAGGGUUCCCAAGACAUGGAGACUAUAAUGAGGUCUAAAUUUGGCAGGCUAUUUGAGUUGCAUGUUGCUUAUUGCCACAACUCUGCGAAGCUAAUAAACCGCUUCCUCUGCCGUCAGCUUCUUACCGUGCGCAAGUAUGAGCUUUGGUUCCACUUUGCGACUCAUCCUCUUCGCUUCUCACUGGAUGAGUUUCAACAGGUAGGGUUGAACUGCGGAGCAUUCUAUGAUGCCGAUUCUGAAGCAGAGAACGAUCCAGGUUCAACUAUGUGGCGCGAGCUUUUUGAUACAGCGCUUGGUGACAUUACAGUAUAUGACGUCCUUAAGAUGCUUCACAAUCCAUUUCUAGCACCCUGGAAACAUGUUCCUUUGGCUCUCAUUGUGCUGGUUGAUGGUGUCAUAUGUUGCAGUAAUAAAUGGCUCAAGCUGACCCCGGAGUAUGUUGAGAUGCUUUGCGACGUAGAGUACUUCUUGGAGUAUCUUUGCGGUAGAGAGUCGCUCUUGAAGACUUUACCGCGUUUGUUCCCGCCUUAUACAAGCGAAAACCCGCUGGGAGAAAUGCGGCACCGGUUAUCUCAACAGAAAUCAGCUGCCUAUGGAUUCCCUUUGGCUCUUCGGUUGUUCGCUUUUGAAGCGGUGCCUUUGCUGUUGUCAAAGAUUCCCAAUGCACAGUCCACCGAUAAUUUUUUAGUUGACCCUCUCGCUUGCGAGAACACUGUGUCAAUGAUAUUGUUACAGUCGAAGAAGAUCCAUAUGUAA